UAACAGGUUUGGAUUAGUUGGAGCAAGUAGAGGUACGUCCGGAAUUGUUGGCUCUCCUGUCUCUGUGGAAGUUAACGUGAUUGAAAUUGGGCAUGAUGAGUUCACCUUUUCCCCCACCCCCCCCUCAGGGAGGACAGGGUGGUGGAGGCUCGAAUUCGAAUUCACUGGUGGGAAACGAUGAAGCGGCUAGGAUUAAGUCCCUCCUUGACCUCUGUUUUGAUGAUGGGAUUUUCCCUAAAACAAACAUUGACUUUGACACGACCGAAAUUGUGGAUGGAGUCAGGAUAUUGACUCUUAAUGAUGAUAUUGACACAGCCACGGUAAACUGGCUUAAAGCCAGAACUGUAAUUGUCCUCUUUGACGAACCAGCGAUGUCAUUAAGUGUAGCUCAAAGGGAACAGUUGAUCCGUGUCUACGAAGAUGCUUGGUAUCUUGACGCGACGGUUAAUCCCUCCCAGAAACGAGGGAGAACUCAUGGCGAAUGUCCUAAUGUCACGUCAUACGUUGCCAGGUCGGAAAGAAUCGUCGAAUGGAUGGUUAUGAAAGGCGAGGAUAGAAUUUCGACACGUUCGGGGUCGGUCAAAGUCAAGUUCAAGCCAUGGAUGACCAAACAGGAAUUAGAAACCAUGCGUGAUAACGAAAUGGCAGGGAAAUUCAGGAUCAUUGCGCUUAGGGUUCCCCUCGAGGUUCUUUUCCCCCUCAGAUUUGCAAUUGAGAAAUUUAUGGGGAAAGUGUUGAUUAUGCACCCCCCUGAGAAGAGAGCAGAAGAACCUAGGCUAGGGAACGUUCGAAUUGAUUGUGCCCCUGAGGUAAAAGACAGAUUCAUGGAAUGGGUGGUGGUGAGAAAGCCAGGUGGAGGGUUCUUGGAAGUACAGUUUGCAAAUCAAGAUACACCAUUCUGCAACAAAUGCCUGUGGUGGUAUCAUGAUGAAUUCGCUCCUAAGUGUCCAAGAUUUAACGAGCCAAUGCCGGAAGGGAGAGGAGGAAGAGGUCGAGGGAGAAGAGACAGAGGCAGAGGAAGAGGAGGAGGCAUGGGGAGAGGAGAUCCUAGAGGCAAUGGUAGGGGGCUACCCGGGAAUGGAAGAACUAACGGAGGCGGAGCAACAGGGGGGGAGGAAAGGGGUAGAGGAGGAACCUCUGGUGAGGGAAGAGGUAGAAGUGGGGAAGAAGGGAGUAAUACAGGAAGGGAAGAGAGCGGCCGAAAUGGGGUGGUGGGGAACAACGGUGACGGUAGAGGAGGAGGGUCAGAGACCUAGGCGGGAGGUGGAAGGAACGGGGGAAACUCGUACGGCAGAGGGAGGGGCAGUGAAGGAAGAUUAGUCACUGGAAAUGUGCAUCC